CGAGUCUUUCGUCGCCGCGCCGAGGAGUUGCAUGAGGCAUUGCAAACACGUCUGCAAGAUGCCGGCCAGCAGUUUCAACUCCAGUUGCAGCUUAACGCUCUGGGGCCUCCGAGACGCGGUGCCUUCGAGCUAUCCUUUGCCAUCCAACCCACAACAGUUGUGAGCGAGCAGCGUCCGCUUUGGUCUGGUCUAAAGCGUACGCCACGCGCUCAAAAGUUUCCCGAUCCGGAUGCCAUGUAUCACCAAAUCAUUGAAGCUUACGAGGAGCUAGCAAAACAUAAGACGAACAAGCGCAAGCGUGAAUCCAACACAUCCCCGUCUAGCUCGCCAAGCACAGCGCCAUCCACAUCCACAUCAGUGAAGCGCCGUAAGAAGGAAAAGUAAAAGUAUGAAUAUUUUGUAUAUUUUGGCAACCAUAGUGCCAUAUGAUCAUUGAAUGGUAAAUCCCCAACGGGAACUGUUCAUUGUGAAACUUAUCUUGCCUUGGUUGACAGAAUAAUUUAUCAAGUAAAAUCGAUGUUCUUCGCAAUUCUGAAAAGAUUUUGUUAAUAAUUCCUAUUAUAUCCAAUAUUUGGGCACAAUUCUCGCCUUUAGAAUUAAAAAACAAACAUUAUGAUCGAUUGAAAAAAGUAUUUUUUUUAUAAUUUCGAGUUUUAUAUAUACAAUAAAUAGCUCUUUAUCAUAAAAAUGUUUUGUGUUUUUAUUUUCAGCCAAGUUUGGUGGUUAGUGUACAUAUACAUACAUACAAUAUUGUAUAUAUAGUCCAGAUCUAAGUAAUUGUAAAAAUUUUUGUAUAAAAGCGUUUCCAAACAUGUUGUAAUUCUUUUCUUUUUUUCGUUUUUCAUUUUUAUUAGAAUUUUGUCUUUGAUCUUCAAAAUGUACACAGUUUUGUAUUUUUUUAUUAUUUUGUAUUUCAGCUCUCUCUCUCGUUUUCCAUAAGAAACUUACUACUCCUAGAGAAAAAAUUUUGGUUUACGAAAUCUUUUAGUUUUUUUGCAUUCUUUUGUUUUUUGAUUUUUUUUUUAAGUUUUUUUUUUAUGUGUUUUCUAUUGUAUUUCGCGCUGGACUUGGACUGGAACCCUAAAACCCUACCACACUUCCUAAGAAUACAUUACGCCAAUGGAUUUAAAAAAAAAAAAUUUCAACUAAAUAUAAAUUAAAUAAACUGCAACUACAAUAAAGGAAGAAAAAGAAAUAGAUGAAACAUAAUCAAGAAAUUGGAAAAAUUUUGAAAUAUUUUAAAUGUGGCGGCAAUGAAAGAAAAACCGUCAAGAGGUUGCGAGUAAAUUGGACGCAUUUGCGAUUAAGUAAAGUUGCUGCAUAUGUUAAUAUAUAUAUCUAUAUAUAUAUAUAUUAGAUAUAUAUGUGUCUGUGUUUAUACUUUAGAUAAGAUCAACAAUCAAUUGGCUAUGGGAACGUACAAUUAGAUGAAUAGGCGACAGAGUUUUUGCUUUGUUUUGUUUACCAGUAGAAUUACUUAGAAUUUAUCUAUGCCUGGCCUGGCCUGCUUGGAUGUGUUGUGCUUGUUGCAAGUUAGGUUUUGGUUUUUUUUUUGUUUUCUUUUUUUAAUUAAUGUGCUGGGGGUUUGUGGUUUUUGGGGUGGGGGUCGUUUGCAUAAGGAACUAAUAAACUAAGCCUUAAACUAACUUUAAAUUACAUAUUAU